CUCUCUCUUGGCUUGGCUGGUUCUUUCACUUCUACACGCCAUUCCUCGCGAGCUCGCAGGCUUGUUCCUCUUCCGCACCCCAUUUCUCGCCUUGUUCCUCUUCCGCGCCCCAUUUCUCGCCGGUUCUUCAUCUGGUCUUCGCCAUUUCCCACGCCAGUCCUCGCUGCAUCGCCGGCUUGUUCUUCUUCCGGACGCCAUUCGUUGCCGGUUCUUCGCGAUUUUCCACUCCUUUGUGCCGGAUCGGGGAAAUCUCUACAGCCGGAACGGCACCUGCUUCUCUGUGCUUCCCUAGCUAGCUUACAUUCAUCUCAGAUCGAUGCUGCAUUUUCUCUUUCCCGGAUCGAUUUGCUCGCCCUGAGGACUGAGAUUAGUGCAAGGAUUGCAAAGUUGGGUGCCAUUUCUCUGCGGUUGGCCAAGUUAGAUCGUGCUUACUGCAGAUUAAUGCAAGGGUUGUAAAAGUUGGGCGUCAUUUUCUGCGGUCGCACAAGAUGGCCGAUUCUUUCGCGACCCUUGCGGCUACCCUGCUCAACGUCAACCUCGGGUUCAUCGGCAUGUUCGUCUUCGGCCCUGGCCUGACUACACCGGUGCCGACCUCACUGACCCCGGCGAGCGAGUGUGUCGCGCAGCUCCCGGUGUACCAGCACGUUGCGAGCCUCCAGUCGUGCCUGGUGGCCGUGCUGGUGGCCUCCAUCGCACUCUGCGCCUACGUCAAGGUGGAGCUGGCUGCCGUGGAGGGUGAGCACCUGGAGCACAUGGACGAGGCGGCGAGGAGGCUCCUGCGCGCCUGCCUUCUUCUCGGCGUUGUCACGUCCGCAGCCAGCGUUGCGAUGGGCCUGGCGACGUACGUGUACGUUUUCCAGGUAAAGGUGAUGGUGCUGAGCUGCGUCUCGGAGGCUGCACGAGCGGCACUCGCUGGUACCUACGUGCUGGCCACAGUGGUCUGCGGCUUAGUGUACUACAAGUUCGCGAGGGUGGCCAUCUUCUCCAACUGAAGCCCUAGCUAGCGUUGCCAGUUUGUUGUCUGCACCUCAGUUUGUGUUAGUUGUGUCACUGCAGAGCUUAGUUUGUUGACUGCACCUUAGUUUGUGUUAGUUGUGUCUCCCCAGAGCUUCGGCUAUGCGUGUGUGCGCCUGUUUGUUAUAUGCACUUCGAUUUGUUUUGUCUCCGCAGAGCUUCGGCUGUUCGUGUGUGUGCCUGUUCAACACAAAGAUGAAUUUUAUUUCCA